AUGGACAUCACUCACCGGCAACGUCUUCGCUUUAUUGCCGAAAUCCUCUGCCCCCACUUUCUUCAUCGCGAUCCAUUUUCCUCCGCUACUGUGCCGCAUCAAUAUCUGGCUCCAAAAGAUGGUACUCCACUGGCCGGACUGAUACAGGACCACGUGAUUGCAGCUGUGAAGUUGACAAUGAAGGAUCGUUUUUUUUCCAGAAUGGAUUAUCUUGAUCUCGUAUAUCACGCCUUGCAUUCGACGCUAAUGGAGCUUAGACAAUCCUGCCCGGAUUACACUUGUCCUAAGCAAGGUAUGGCACUGAGAAGACAUUCCUCGACUCAUCCAAUUAAGCUUAUAAAACCAGCCAUUUGGAAGCCGCAUCGGUUAUGGACAGGAAAACAAGCGGUUUUGGGUUCACAUAAUCUCUUCUGGAUGGUUCAGCAGGUAUCCCCUACACAGACUUUUCCACAGAACAACACAUUGAGGCAAACUAACCUAGACAAAGGGUCAUUAACUUCUCUAAACGAAGGAACUACUGAGGAAAGUGCUGCUUUCUCUGAAUACAUUGCUAUGCUGCUCUGA